UUUGCAACGAACUUGCAUGCAAUUUGAAUGAAACAGGGAGAGCAGAAAAAAUUUAUAAUUUGUUUUUAUUAUUUUUAUUGCCCCAAAAAGUGCUUAAAAUUCAGUGAAAAUACUUUUAAAACACUGUGUAAAGAUUCACAGAGCUCUUAAAUAUCUAAUAACGUUGAAAUAUAGGUGAAAAGUGUGUGGAAUAAUAGUGAAAAUUGUGUUUGUUUUGUUUGGUUGAUGGAAGUUGAUGAAUCCAGAAGGAGAGUAUCAACAAAAAUGAAGAAACUGAGUAACCUGGCCACUGAAGGACGCAUCUUCCUGGUUAAGAUGUACUACUAUCACCAUAUGAAUGUGGAUUAUGUGAAAAAUGCCUACAAAUUGUCGUAUGAAGGAGUAGAAGUGCCAUCGGAGGAAGCAAUCCUGGCAGCAGUGUCUCUAUUUGAGACCACAGGAUCAAUUCACAUUUCCCAGGAUUUCUGCAAAGAGAGCACCUUUGAAAUUGUCCAGGUGGAAGACAGUGAUGUGCCGUUGGAUGUAAAAACCGAGCCAGAAGAUGAAGAUUCAUGCAAACCUGAAGUUGUUUAUCUUCCGGAAGGUUCUUCAGGUUCUGCAGAAAUGCCAAAUUCUCCCUUUGAGACUCUGGAUGAGAUCAAGGAGGAGAAUGUCAAGAGUAAUGUAAAACAGAGAAAAGUCAAAAAGAAAUCCCUGGUCGGUGAAGCAUCUCAAGAGACUCUCUUUUGUUCAGAAUGCGAUCUCAGCUUCAAGACAAAGUUCUGGCUGAAGAAGCAUCUCCAGAGGACUCACAUCCACAAGAAAUUUACCUGUUCAAGGUGCAAUAAAAAAUACGUGUCUCAAGCUAAUUUCGAUGGUCACCAGAAAGCUUGCCAGGGGAAGUCAGAAGAAGUCUUCUUGUGUCCAGUGGAGGGCUGUGGAAGAACCCUGAAAACAAAAUCCACUCUCAAGACGCAUCAGCGCAUCCAUACAUCCAGGGAUUUUAUCUGUGAAGUUUGUGGCGGGAGAUUUCUCACCCAAAGACUUCUUACCAUUCACAUGGUCAUUCACACGGGUAUAAAGCCCUUUGAGUGUGAUAUUUGUUUUAAGAAGUUCACAGCCAAAAGCACCCUCAAGACGCACAUUCGUUACCACACAGGAGAACGUCCAUAUAAAUGUGAUUUCUGUGAAUCCGCCUUUGUGGAUCGCCAGACAAUGAUUGUCCACAGGCGACAGCACACCGGAGAACAGCCCUUCAGUUGUCCCUAUGAGAAUUGCAACAGAUUCUUCAAGCAGAAACAGAACCUCAGGAGCCAUCUCAAACACAUCCACAACGUCCAGCCGAAGCCCAAUGCUAAAAAACCCUCCAAAUAUUGAGAAAUUCUUGGUAAGUUUGCUUCUUGCAAUAUAAUUUUUCUUUCUCGUACUCUUGCUGGGAUUUUACAGUACCCGGAGGGAAUGUUAGGCGCAAAUUAUCUUUUUAUCUCGAUUAGGGCACGUUUAUACUAAGUUUAAAAAAAAUCCUAAGCUUGCUUGUAAAUGAGUUUAUUCUAAAAAAAAUAAAUUGAGUUAUUCACGAUGGAAAAUCUCUCAUGGCGGUUUGUUUCUGAAAUAAAAUCUGUUAUAAUAUUCCCGAAUAGUUCCCAAAUAUGUCUUGGCUAAAAUGAAAAGUCUAAAAGGCUUUCUGUUUUACUUUGAAAUGUUACAAUUUACUUACAGACUCUCUCAAAUUCGGGCAUUUGGGACCGAAAUGUCAACCGAAUUAGAUAGAAAUUCGGGCGACAAACUUUUUGAAAUGCAACGAUUUUUUAUUCAUGUGCAUAUAUAUUGAGUUUACACACUCAUAUAU